AUGGAAAUACCUUCAGGGAGUAAAAAAUCGAAUCUCACGUUUUCUGUAAGUUUUUCUUGUUUUUGGAUAUUGUCACGUGGAUUUAUUUUAUUUUUUAUACAGAUAGAGGUAAUUAAUUGAAGUUUCAGAACGCGACGAUAGAAAGUUCGGAUGACGACGAAUCUAGUUCUCCGGAAAACGAGGACCUCACUGCCCAACUCCAUGAUUUUCCUUUUGAUUCCCAGAAAUAUAAGAAUAUUUUAACUGCCGCCAAAAGUGUCCUCGAAAGGGAUUCCGUCUUUGUUAGAGCCCGAGGAGACUUGCUAUCGGAGAUCGAAGAGUUGUCUCGACGGUUUCAAUCUGCUCCGGAUCUGAGUUCAGAGGGUCUUUUUUGUCUUUACGAGCUAAUGGACGAUUCUUUGGAGAAUUGCAUUGAUCUAAAUAGUGCCCAUCUUGCCAUUCUAAGGUAUCACGCGCUUCAAUUAUCAAAAUUUACACCACUGGAGGUCCUAGAGACGGACGACGAUAUUCCCAUUGAGGAGCAAGAGAACGAAGAAGUUGAAAUAUCCGGUAAGUUUUUCUUUUUAUUAGUUUUUGUAUUAUUUUAGGUAUGAAGCUUCCGCUUUUCACUUCAUUACGGACUUUAUUUCAGACAACACUCCCCAUUUACCCGUAAAAAAAGUGAAGAAGGUCGAAGAGCCCAAGGUUAACAAAAAUAAACGGAAGGAAGAGGCUUUAUCAACGGUUUCCACACGAAAUUCAUCACAAAAUAGUAAAAAUGAGAAUGGAUAUCCGGAACCGAAGGUCAAGAAGAACCACAUAAAGAAGGUUGAAGAGAAUUCAGUACGGAAAUCGAAUUCAACCGAACUUAGAAAUGGCAAGAAGGCCGAGAAAAAGGAGAAACAGCCAGAAAUAUCAGUAAAAGAAGAAGAGGACGAUGAAAAGAUGGAGGUAGAUGAAGGUUCUGAUGAUGAGAGCAAAGAGGAUCCUAUUGAGACUCGAAGGAAUACAAGGAGGGCACCAGCUGAUAAGCUGAAUGGAAACAAUGAGAAGAUAAAGAAAGUGAUAACAAGGUCCAAGAGGAGUGGAACUCCCGAUUCCGAGAAGCCCAGGCGGAAGUCUGCAAUAGAUAGUCUUAACAAUUCGACAACAACAAGGCAGAGUGCACAAAGAAGGGCCAAGCUGCAGAAUGAGACGAAUCCAGAUGAACAAACUUAUUGUUUAUGUGAUCAGAUCUCGUACGGGCAGAUGAUCGGGUGUGAUAAUCUCCACUGUUCGAUAGAAUGGUUCCAUUUCGAGUGUGUGGACAUCAAAGCGAAGCCCGCCAAAGGUGUAAAGUGGUUUUGCCCAUUGUGUCGCGGCGACAAAUCGUCUGUGUUAAAGCCGGGUCUGAAACGGUGA